GAAAGUCGAAUCCUACUCGUUAACCAAAUUGGGAAUUCCGAUCAUCUCGAGACACCAGAUGUGGUUCUUUUGAUGAAAUUGUUGAUCACACUUUGGGAGGAUUCCACUUGCUCUGGUGUAUCAAGAUGCAUGUUACAUAGAACGGUUUUGCAUACUGCGAGUAAGUACUUGGAAUCAGAUAUUCUACUCAAUCUCAGUCAGUUUCUCAUUCUUGGAACAAAGGCAAGCAGGUGGUGCAGAACUCAUUUCGAGGUGACACUUACAUCAGUGGAAGAGUUCCAAGAGGAACAACAUAGAAGUCUAUUUUAUCAGCUAAUCCUGGAUUCUUUGAGUCUCUCUUCUGCUGUUAUUUCAUCUAUGACAAAAUCUCUUCCUUUUGGGGAGAAGGUGGACAUGCUUAUCGUUGAAAACUUCAUCUUUGAAAUAUUAAGCCUUACGAAGGACUUGAUUCUUGAGUUGAAGAGGAUUGAUUUAAUUGCUUCAGAAGCUCUGAAACUGGGGCAAAUUGUUCUGGAUGCUGCAGUAAAGCUCUGCAGAGCAUAUUAUCAAGUUAUCAGAAGCAAGGUUCCUGAGGUAAAUGUUGUCAGCGACGACGGACUGUUUACUGGCAAAGUGGAGGAUUAUGCCUGUCAUAUCAUUAGCAUAACAGUCUGCACUAUUGAAAACUUAUUUAAUAUAGGAACCUUCGCUGCUUCUGGUGGUGGGAGUUUUGUAACUAUUCUAAACAUUUCCUGGAAAGGCGUUGUUUGCUUAUUGCAGCUGGAUAAAAGUGUGUUGGCUGAGAAAGUAAAUGUGGAAAAUAUAAUUCUAACUCUCAUCUCAUUGACUGUCGAGUCCUUGAGGUAUGCUGCUGAUGCAUGGUCAUCAUCAAGCUCGGUCAGCGCUGCCUUAACUGAGGCAAAACGAACAUUUUUACCAAUAAAGUUUUAUUUGAUUAAUUCUGUCCGGAUCACAUCUGAAUAUCCAUGCAAUGCCAUGAACAUAUGCAGCGAAGUAGUGAGGUGUGUGGUGUUGAUCUCUUCUCUAUGUAUUAUUCUAAGUAAAGAAAUUCAUCUCAAAGCCGUUAGUGAGGCAAUAGCAGAAUUAGUGGAACCAACAUCCUUUCUAUUACUGCAUACGCUGCUAAAUUCAGCUGAGGUGAAAAUUCAAUCCAAAGUGCAGAUUUUGGAAUGGCUAUUUCCACAUGAAAUAAAUCCUAGCACGCCAUAUCAAGAUAGGAAUAUUUAUACAGCUUCAUUGCCAGCUUCCUUGGACGGUGUUUUUAAUGUAAGCUGUGAUGCUAUGCCAGGAGCUGAAUCUCUACUGCUAGGAAAAUUUUAUUUGUCUUUGAAUCUCCUCAAGGCCUCUUCAUCACUGAGAGAAGAAAUAAUACUACAAAUCUCCCGAAAGCUCGAUGUUCUUAUGUCUAUUUUGACACAUGCAGAUGUAUUCUCUUCAGUACUUGGUCUGCAAAUACCUGUACUUAAUGCCUCGGGACCUUCCACUGGGGUAGUUUGGCAACCCAUGUUCUCAUUUGUCUCAACUAUACUGAAAAGCUUCAUGAUUGUGACAGCUUCAUCAAAGCUCAUAUGGAUUGAGAUUGAAAUCUUUCUACUUCAGAAUCUUUUUCAUUCCCACUUUCUUUGUUUGGAGAUUGUUAAGGAGCUUCUGUGUUUUUUUAUUUGUCACGCUGAAAAUGACAAGGUGAGCCAAAUUUUUGAGAAAUUGUGUCUGCUGCUGAGGACAGUUGCCUCAUCUGAUCAUUCUCUUUCACCAUCAUCUCCUCUAAGGAAGAUGGCUAGAUCAAUAUCCUACCUUCUUUCUUACACAACAACUGCCACUGUAGAUCAAGUUUAUAUCACCAUAGUCAGUGAGGAAAACUCGGAUUUAUCAUCUGUCAUGUAUAUGGCACUAUUGAUUGAGGGAUUCCCAUUGGAUUCCUUAUCUGAAAAACUAAAAAUAGUGGCCACUAGGAAGAUUAUAUCUGCUUUUGUUGCCUUUAUAGAGAAAAACUCCAAGGAACUUGAACUGGAUGCUGCUGCUUCUCUAUCUUGCAAUUCCGGCUUGCUGGGGUUGCCUAUCCUUGCAGUUUCAUCUGCUAUAUGUUCAAGGCAUAUUAAAAGUUCAGAUGCUAUUGAUGGAAAGGUCAGCUCCCAGCUCCUGAAGUUCACAACUACUGUGAUUCAAAAGUAUAGAAAAGCUGGACAAGGGAUGAAAAACCAAUAUGCUAAACUUCUGGGUGCAAUAUUAGAAUUAUUCUCAAUUGCAAAACAUCUCUAUGGCUAUGUUGAAAUGAGAGAAAUUAUUUUGGAGCUGCAAAAGCUAUUUGUUGAAUCUGACGCUUCAUUAUCUCAAUGCCAGCCUUAUUUUGCUUCCUUCAUGGCCUGUCUUUGUCAUAUACAAAUUGAAGAAGAUGCUGAAAAUCCACUUUCUGCUGCAAUUUGGCACCUUUACCAUUUUCUGCUUAGAGAGAGACACUGGGCAUUUGUUCAUUUGGCUAUUGCAGCAUUUGGAUAUUUCGCAGCUCGUACUUCCUGUACACAACUUUGGAGAUUUGUUCCCUCUAAUGCAGCACUUUCAUUUGAGUUUACUACUGGGAGGGAGGCAAACUAUGAUAUUUUCAUGAAUGAGCUGAAAGGAUUUCUUGAGAAAGAAGGGGCUUUAUGUGAGGCUUCUCCAUGUAAAGAACAGCUAAGUUUUCUCUUCAAUGAAGGCAUUGCUCUUAUAAAAUUAACAAAAAUAUCAAAUAUCUUGCAAGACGUCCCAGCAAUGCAAACUGUAGAGACCAACUGUCCUGGAAAGCGCGCAAGGAAAAAGAGAAGACAGCUUCCAGAUGGAAUUUGUGAAGGAAUGGAUCUUCUGCAGAAUGGUUUGAAGAUAAUGAAAAAUGCUCUUUUGCAACCCGAUUCUAAGGAAUUCAUGGAAGAAUUUUCUGCACAUAUUUCGUGCCUUAACGAUGUCAUUUCUCACCUAGUCAGCCUAUAUAAUUCCCAUCUUUAAUGUACAGCAUGCUGUAAUUAGUAAAUUUUAGAUUUAUGGCAUUCUGCGUUGCUUAGUUGAGCCAACCUUUUUUUA